AUGCUGUCUCGACUCACACGUUUUAUCAGGGUCGCUCCCAUUCCCAAUACGGGCUCUGUGGCUCGCGAUCUCCUUGCCUCUGAGAGAACCUUCCUUGCUUGGGCCCGAACGGGCCUCGGAUUUAUUGCUCUGGGUGUCGCUCUCGAGAAAGUGGAAGCCCUUGCGGCUCUGUCGCCCACUUUGCUUCACUUGUCAGACUCGAGAACCAAGAUUGCCGCAGGCGUCCUCGUCGCGAGCGGGAGCUUGUGCGUCGGCCACGGAACGCUGCGCUACUUCUCGACUCUGCGCGACAUACAACAAGGAAAGUUCAGACCCAACACGGGCGGGAUAAGUCUCAUGGCAUUGACUUGCAUCGGGAUUGCAGUGGCUGGAAGUAUUCUGGUCAUCGAAAAUGAAGCAGAAAAGACCAAGGAUCAAGAGAAAGAGAAAGAGAAGCAAAAGAUCUGA